CCACUACCGGAUGCGUUUAGUUUUGGUUUUAACUCAACUUGCUGUCAACCCGGAAAAAGGCAGCGCUCAGGACACAUAGCUCGGCUUUCCGCGCGGAGCUUUCAUCCGUUUUGGCAGAUAAAUGAGCGCGCAUUGAGUGUCUACAGUAUAUUGUUAUGAGAGCGCGCUGAACGACACGCACACGGCGGACGGCGGGUGAGUCACGAGCUUUCGGGAUUUUGGAAGUGAAAUCUGGGACAGGACAUGCCUUACCUGGACAGACAAAAUCGGACCUGUGGAUUUCUGGAUAUUGAGGAAAAUGAGAACAGCGACAGGUUUUCCCGGCGUUAUUUUAUCUUGGACACUGAUAAGAAUUUUCUCCUCUGGUAUAUGGACAAUCCACAGAACCUACCUGUUGGAACGGAGCAUGUUGGAAGUUUAGGACUCUGUUACAUUUCAAAGGUUAAUGAAGCAUCAGUGAAGCAGAAACCAAAGGCUGAGUUCUGCUUUGUAAUACAUGCGUUAUCCAGACGGUACUUUCUGCAGGCUAACGAUGCUUUGGACUUGAAGGAAUGGGUCAUUGCUGUAAAUAAUGCCACAAAAAUUACGGUUCCAAAAGCAUCACCGGUGUGUCAAAGCUCUGAUGUCACGAAUGCGUCAAACCCAAGUCAGUCGGCACCUCGACAGGCGUACACCACUGCGAUUGUCGGCGGUGUGGUUGUGCAAACACCAGUCCAGCAGAACGACUCUGAAGAUGUCUUCAUGGCUGAUCCAGGGGCACACGUCCCUUUGAGAAGAUGCCAGAGUGUGCGUCCAAAUGCCUUGAGGUCUGGCUACUGUGUCAAGCAAGGCAAUGUGAGGAAAAGCUGGAAGAGGAGAUUUUUUAUUCUAGAUGACCAAACUGUGAGCUACUAUAAAUCUGAAAUGGACAAGGAACCGUUGCGCAGUAUUCGAUUGCGAGAUGUGCUGAGAGUGAAUGAAUGUCUUGUGAAAUCAGGGGAUCUACUGUCUCGUGAUAAUCUUUUUGAAAUCAUCACCAGUGCCAGAACCUUCUACAUCCAGACAGACACCCCAGAAGACAUGAAGGGCUGGAUCAUGGACAUUGCUUCAAAAAUUCAAGACUUCAGAGGGCCGUCUAAGCCCCGCUCGUCCAUGAAAGUGUUCUCUUCGCAGAGGAAGCCUCAGCUUAUCAAGUCCUGCUCCACCGCAGAUUCAUGGCAGCCGUGGACUCCGGUGCCCAAUCAGGACAAGCACUCGAAGGAAGAUGUUCAAAGAGAGGGGCCGUACAGCUCUCUCCCCUCCCUCUCACUCGCCGGCCACAUCUUUCAGUCUCAACAAAGUCAACAAAGCCGACAACGGCACCAUUCCCAGCCUCAGCCUGCUCCCAGCAGCACAGACUUUCCUGAAAACCUUGACAGCCUCCGCACCACUGAUGUUUAGUUGCUUUAAAGGAACACUCCACUAUUUUUAAAAAUAGACUCAUUUUACAAGUCACCUUGAGGUAAAUAGCUGAGUUUUACCAUUUUUGAAUCCAUUUAGCCGAUCCAAGUCUGACAGAAACACUUUUAGCUUAGCUUAGCAUAAA